AUGCCUCAAUACACCUCGCGCGAUGUUGGCGACCCGUCGCAGAUCAAAAAGAACAAGCAGAGCAUGGCCGACCUCAAGCUCCGCCGGUUGACAGAGCUGAAUACGCGGCUACGCGAGGAUCUUGACAGGGACCGCAUCCCUGUAAGCCAGGCCGCGAAGAGCAUCAUCGCCUACUGCAACAGCACCAGGGACUACAUGGUGCCCAGCGUGUGGGGCCCCGUGCCCAAGGGAGAGGAUCCCUAUGCGCCACAACAGACCGGCGGGUGCUGUGUAGUUAUGUAG